UUAAAAUAGGUAAUUAUUUAGUGUGGACCGCUUUGAAAUUUAUCUGGUUCCGUUUGUAUAUUUACAUGUUUAAUAUUUUGUUUAUAGUAUUUGGUUUACAAUAUUCUGUCAACUAAUUAGCUCUUACAAUGAAACUUUAAAACAAUUUUAACAUAAGAAACAUGUCUGAACGUGGCGUUGGCAGCUCAUCGUUUUGGGAGAGUCAAAAUUACUACGGUCGAUCGGGUGUUCCUUGUGGUCAUCCUCGUCGCUACGAUAGCGGUAAUGUUGUACGUUUACCCUCUGACUCUCGGACCAAACUCACCAACAAAUACGAUCAAAAUACAGAGACAGAAGAAGAACAACAGAUUAAAUACUUAGCACAAAAGCAACUUGAUACUAAACUGACAAAGGAGCAGUACAUGUCUCAUCAGCGAACUUUCGUUGAAAAGGUCCUUUAUAAACCAAAAACAGCUGAAUUGAAAGGAAUCUGCUCUUUGGACUCUUUUAAUAAAAUUCAGAAGCAGGAUGAGGAACUUGAAUUUCUUCGGCAAUGUGGUUUGUCUGAAGAUGAGAUCUGUCUCAAGAAAGAACAUGAUUCUGCUGCAGAAGAAAUACCAGCCCAGAAACGGAGCAGAUAUGGUAUGAACCCUAGUGUACAAAAAGAAAUUAUACAGAAUAUAAAUGAAAAAAUAAAUGAGAAAAAAGCUAAUUCUAAAAUUCCUAAUUCAUUUAAUGGGGCACGCAAUAUAAGCCGACUUCGGAUGGAAUUGGAGAAUGCUGUUAGAACUAACAAAACCUCUCUAAUGAACUGUUUAAUUACCACAAAGACCAAAGACACUGAUGUAUGUGAAGAACACCCUAUUAAUCAGUUAAAAGAUAUUUCUGAUAGUUUGUUGACUAAAAAACGCAAAAUCCAUUCUCCAGUAAAGAAUGGCACUUUCGACAAAACAGAGACUGAUGACACAGAAAUAAAGUCAGAAAAUAUCUCCAAGGGUGUCGAAACAUUACCAGAAGAAAAUCACACAGUCAAUCAGGUUUCAUCUGAUGAAAAUUCCAAAAGCUUAGGUCUUACACAUAUCGAAGAUGAAGUGCAACCUAUUUCAAAAGAAUUGAUUUCCAAAAACUGUAUUUCAACAGAAGAAAUUCUUUUAAUCAGUAGAUUCAAAGAAUAUCAUCCUGGCGAAAAAAAUAAUACUUUAUAUUUGAAAAAUCUUUCUAAAAAAGUGACUGAAUAUGAUCUGAUGAAACUUUUUCUUCACUUUCAAACAGAAAAAUUUCCCAUUCAGUAUAAAUUGCUCUCUGGUAAAAUGCGAGGACAAGCAUUUAUAACUUUUGAAACUGCACACAUUGCAGAAGAAGCAUUAGAACUGGUUAACGGUUAUGUCUUGAAAGGUAAACCUAUUAUCAUACAAUAUGGGAAAAGGCAAUUUUAAUUUAUUUUCCUAAAAGACAAAUAUACUUAAUUUAUUUUGUAAAAUAUUAAAAUAAAAAUAAAUAAAUCUAAUAUA